UUUUUCGAAUGGUUUAAAAUCUAUUCGUGAGCUACUGUAACCCUGUAACCAUGACUGUAACAGCUUAAGAUUAUAUAUAUAUGUAUCCUUGCUGCUUGCGGUAGACAAAUCAAUCCCGUUGUAAACGCAAUAGCUUGUUUGUGUACCACAUUUUAGUUUAAACGUUAGUGUUACCCCACUUCAGUGCGUCUCGAAGAAAAGGCUGUUUGGCGCGCGCGCACUGGCGGCUCGUUUUUGACGUGCAGGGAUCCCGAAAACUAUGCCAGAAAAGCCGAUGAUGGACGAUUUAGACGAGCAGUAUAUUCUACUCGAGACAAUAGGUUCAGGCGGUUUCGCUAAGGUGAAGCUUGGCCUCCACAUCCUGACAGGCGAGAAAGUUGCUGUAAAGAUAAUGGACAAACGUUCUCUUGGCGAGGACUUACCACGAGUGAAGCUGGAGAUAACAGCGCUGAAGGAUCUCAGUCAUCAAAACAUCUGCAAACUUUACCAAGUGAUUGAGACAAGCAGCAAGAUAUACCUUGUUCUGGAGUAUUGCCCUGGAGGCGAGCUCUUUGACUACAUUGUUGAAAAGGAGCGGCUAAGUGAAGGGGAGGCAAGACAUUUCUUCAGGCAGAUAGUCUCGGCUGUGGCAUACAUUCAUUCCCAGGGAUAUGCACACCGAGAUCUUAAACCGGAAAACCUCCUCCUGGAUGAGAACCACAACCUGAAGCUGAUUGAUUUUGGACUUUGUGCAAGGCCUAAGGGGGGAAUGACCACAAACUUGGAGACAUGCUGUGGGAGCCCUGCAUAUGCUGCGCCUGAGUUAGUCAUGGGCCAAGAGUACAUUGGGUCCAUGGUUGAUAUUUGGAGCAUGGGAGUGCUGCUGUAUGCACUGCUAUGUGGAUGCCUUCCCUUUGAUGAUGAGAAUGUAGCUGUCCUGUACAGGAAAAUUCAGCUGGGUGAAUAUGACUGUCCCUUGUGGCUGUCUGAUAGCAGUGUGGAGCUACUGUCUGAAAUGAUGACCGUGGUCCCUGAGAAGCGCAUUGCUAUCACUCAGCUACUUAAUCACCCAUGGCUGGUCAAAGGGUAUGGAUCCCCAGUUAAUCCCAAGAGCACUUACCUGUUGUCUGUCCUUGAUGAAGAAGUGGUUACAGAGUUGGCAGUCAGCUGUGGUCGCUCCAAGAGUUCUGUUGCUAUGGAGCUUUCUCAGUGGAGGUACGACUACAUGACUGCCACUUACCUGCUGCUCGUCCUGAAGAAAAGUCAGGGCAAGGUUUUGAGGCUUGCAUUUCCAGACUCCUACCCCAAGCAAAGGAUGUCAUGCUCGCGCAAGCUGGCCCUGGAUGAGCCCAUCAAAGUCACACCUCCCACGUCACCUCUCCGGAAUUCUUUGGAAAAUGGGUUGGACAAUGCUCAACUGUUGACACUGGGCAGCCCUCCACUGAGGAGUGUUGUCAAUGGCGCCUGCACUAAUGACCUAGCAGCAUCAGCCAAGAAAGAGAAUCUCGCACAAUCUGUCGAGCCAAUGGAUGUGGACAGCAAUGACAAGGAGAACUUUGCUCAGCCGCGUGUUCCAACCCCGAAGCGAAGGACUUACAAGGCUGUACAGGAGGCAUCAGUGCUGGUCCCUCACAAUGGAGCCAACGUUUCCGGGCCGAGUACGCCGGUCGCCAAAGGCCGUCCUCCCUCGGCUGACGCGGAGUUCCGGCAGAGCCCCCUGCGAACUCCCGACGGCGGCCGGUCGGCGGCUGCGGCAUCGGUGGUCCGAACGCCGGACGUGUCCAAGUUGGCCGAAGGGGCCUCCUUCUCGCAGCGUGGCAGCUCGGCCAAGCGCGUCUUCGGCUCCAUUGAGAAAGGCCUGGACAGAAUGCGCCUGAUGCUGACGCCUCGCCGGAGGCUGGGCUCAGCCGCCGGCGCUCAGGAUGCACCCAGGAAGGUCAAGGUGAUGCAAAACGUCUCUACUAUGCCCGCGGUGCUGACCCCCGACCAGGUUCUGGACUCCCUGCGCACAGCUCUGCUCCGCAAAGGCAUCAUCUGCAAGCAGAACAGCUCUCUUCGAACCUGCUGCUCCCUUCCGAACAACUUGAGCCAUCGCCAUGUGAACCACAAGUCAUGCACGACCUGCGCUGCCAACCGCUGCUUCGUCUUCGCUGAGAUCUCCCUAAGGAACAACUUCCUCUCGGCCAACUUCAAGCACCACCAAGUCAGUCCAGGAUGGCCGGCCCUGGCGGGUCUGAGUGGCAGCGUGGUUUCCUUCACGCCCAAGAUGCAGCGCAGGCAGUCGUUCGUGCUGGUUCACUGGCUGCUCAUGGAGCACCACUGCAUCCAGUUCGUGGUGCUGCGCGAGCCGCGCAUCUCGCAAAACCACUUUCUGUUCCGGGAUCGCCGUCGGCGGAGCCGCCACCUGAGCCAUGUCAAGCUGGGCCACUACCUGCUGGACGACUAUCAGCGCCGAGAUUUCAUCGACGCGCUCCGCUCCACGCUGACCACGCUCGACACACUGGAGCGUGAGCUUCUCAAGCAGUCUGAGCAUGCACAUGCUGUGCGAGCUGUUCGGCAGGUGCGAAGCCCUGCGCCUGGCCACCGCCGCGGCCCCGCCCACAGCCGGUUACACGAGUACGCCGUAUACCUAGUCGACAAAUGUCCCAGCCCGUGCCCGUCGGUCAACCAGCUCUCUUCGAAGCUGCGCUACCUUCCGAGCACCCCGAGCCAACGCCGGCUGAACCACGACAAGUUGUGCAUGUUCUGCGCGGUCAACGAUUACUUCGUCAUGGCGGCGUUUUCACUAUGGAACGAGUUCCUGUGGGUCAACUUCGAGCUACGCGAACGCAGGCACUCGUUCGUGCUAGUGCACUGGCUGCUUAUGGAGCACCGCUGCAUCCAGUUCGCGGAGCUGUGUGAGCCGCGCUGCAGUGCCGUGCCUCGAGAUCUGCGCAGCAUAAGCGUCGACCAGCUGUUUGCUGUGGUCAACUCCAGCCACGUGCUGGACGGCUUGGUGUUCCGCAGUGCCGUGACUGAAAAGCACAUCGGGGUCGUCUACAAGACGCAGAUCGGAAUCUCGAACCAGACCAGCCUCCAAGACUACCACCACGUCAAGAGGACCACAGGCUAUCACACAUACACUGUCCAAGAAGCACGCAUGGUCAUCCUGACGAGCAUACAGUUGACAACCAUCAACCAUACCCUCACGGACUCUGGCAUCGACCAUGUCCUUAUCGACAUUGGGCCUAUAGACCGUGGUGAUCCGCGGUGA